GGCCUAAAACCCACUGCUCUCGUCUCUCCCACCUCCGCUCCGCAGCCGUAGCAACCAUCUCCUCUCGCCGCCACCGCUGCCGCACCGUGCAGCGCCUCCGAUCCUCUCCCCGAGGCUUCAGUACCCACUCAUCUCCCCCGAAUGGCAGCGGCGGCGGCUAGGAGCCUGCUUCUGAGGCACCUCCGCUUGGCGGCCGCCCCGUCGGCGGCGUCCGUCAGGCCGGCGGCGGCGCUUCAGGGGGCCAUGUGGGGGCGGCGGUCGAUGUCGUCGGAGGAGGCCAAGGGGUCGUUCCUGGACAAGAGCGAGGUCACCGACCGCAUCAUCAAGGUUGUCAGGAACUUCCAGAAGAUCGACGACCCCUCCAAGGUGACACCAGAUGCCCAUUUCAAGAAUGAUCUUGGCCUAGACAGUUUGGACGCAGUGGAGGUUGUCAUGGCCUUGGAAGAGGAAUUUGGUUUUGAGAUACCUGACAAUGAAACUGACAAGAUUGACUCCAUCAAAGUUGCAGUUGACUUCAUUGCCUCACACCCGCAAGCAAAAUGAACAAACGAAUUGCCUGCUAUAGUUGUUAAGUUUUAUUGUCAUGAAACCUUUUUGGAACGUUUUUCUGCAACUAUGGAUCGUCUGAACUCUGGACUAAAUAAGAUGUUUGAUCCUGAGAAGGAACAAGUUUUCUUUUAUGGGGCUUUCACCUCUCAUUAAAGAUAUAGUUUCGUGCCCAGGGUCUGCAGAUGUCAAUGAAGCACUCCUGAACAGUAGUGCCAUUAGUACAUUAUCGAAUGGACCAUUGUUGAAGUAUCAUGCAUGCUUUGUAAGUAUUAUUUUACAUAGGUA